GGACCCGCCGGCACCAUGCGCGCUCUCUCAGGCCUGCGGGGGCCCGGGGCGCCGCCGUCGCGGCCGCUGCUCUUCCUGUGCCUUCUGGCUGCCGUGCGCCCGAGCUUGGCGGACGGCCAGCCCCCAGCUGCACCAUUUACAAGUCUUCCUGUUCGAGAAGAAAGGCUGGCAAGAUACUACAACCUUUCCUUGGAGAGUCAUAACAUAUCACUGACCGGUCUGACGGGACAUUCCAGUGUUGCAGUAGAAAAAAAUAUUACUUUGCAAAGACCUUCGAAUAUAGUACUCGUGUGCCAGUUCACAGCAUCCGGGGAUCUGAACUCGGUGAAUGUGUCCUGGAAAAAGGAUGACGAGCCGCUGGAGAAGGGCUAUUCCAUCAGGGCGGCCGGGGGAGUCCUGUACUCCCAAUACGCGUUCACCAUCAUUAAUAGCAAACAAAUGGGAAGUUAUUCUUGUUUCUUUCAAGAGGAGAAGAAACAAAGGGGCACAUUUAAUUUCAGAGUCCCAGAACUUCAUGGCAAAAACAAACCGUUGAUCACUUAUGUGGGGGAUUCAACUGUCCUGACAUGUAAAUGCCAAGGUUGUUUUCCUUUAAAUUGGACCUGGUACAGUAGUAAUGGGAGUGUGAAGGUUCCCCUUGAUGUUCAAAUGGACGAUAAGUAUGUGAUCAAUGGAACAGCUGUUAACGAAACGAGGCUCAAGCUAUCACGCCUCUCGGAGGACGAUCAGGGGACCUACUGGUGCCAGGCUGUGUUCCUGUUAGGCGAGAGCGAAGACCGCAUUGAGCUCGUCGUGCUGAGCUACCUGGUGCCCCUCAAGCCGUUUCUCGCGAUAGCUGCUGAGGUGGUUAUUUUGGUGGCUGUUAUUCUGCUUUGUGAAAUGUACACCCAAAAGAAAAAGAACCGCCCAGCAAUCAACCCUGUUUUGAAAACUCAAGGCACUAGACGUCCUGUGAUGGAAGCUUCAGAUGACGGGAAAGAAUUUGAACAAAUUGAACAGCUGAAAUCAGAUGAUAGCAAUGGUAUAGAAAAUAAUGUCCCCAGGCACAGAAAAAAUGAAUCUGUGGCCAGUGAAUGAGAAACAUCAUGCCAAGAGUCAUGGGCAGAUGGACAGAGAGUUUGUAUUCCUGCUUUGUCUGUGCUUCCUGUUGAGGACAUCUGAGUUUUCAUUUUUUAAAAGAAUAAAAAGUUUAAGCAGCAUUUUUGGCAGUAGCUUUGUAAAUAACAGAUGCUAUCUCAGCUCUAAAGACAUUUUUGUUCUGUCAUUAUUUUACAUAAAAGCACAGUAAAUUGUAUUAAAUAUGUACUAUGAGCUAUAAACCAGGAGAGUAAUUUCAUCCUGGUACUCAGGG